UAAUAAUUUUUGCAGUUACAUAUGUUUAACAUAAAAUAGAUAAGCAUAACUGAAACUUGAGUGAUGGAAAACAAAAUACCAAACUUGAAACCAGGGCCCAUAUGCUUAAAAGAUUCAAGACAGGAAAUUUUGUCAUCAACAUGGCCACAGCUUCAAGCCCUUGGAAAGUAUUUUAAGCUUGCAGGGUCUUUGUUCAGUGAUUACUACAUUUGUCCCUAUCCCUCGGGUGUUUUACUUGAAGUCCCAUCGUUAUUCACCACCACUCCAUCGAUAAGUAAUGCUCAAAUCAACCCUUACUCCAAUUUUCUCAGCCUUCCCCGCCAAACCCAGCUAUCCAAAACUCCUUUCCCGUGCCAUUUCCUGUACCUUAACUUCCGCUCCACCAACUGUUCAACAAAAUGCCUCACACAACAUCUUCGCAACCCCUCAACUCCCUCCAACUUCAGCUUAUAUUCACCUCCCUUUCUGUCGAAAACGCUGCCACUACUGCGAUUUCCCAAUCGUCGCUCUUGGUUCUUCCUCAACCCAAACCGACGACGACGACCCUCGUAUAUCAAACUACAUCCAAUUGCUUUGCCGAGAAAUCAAUGCCUCCAAAGUAAAUUUCAAGUCACACCCACCUCUUGAAACCGUCUUUUUUGGUGGGGGAACACCAUCUCUUGUGCCACCAAGGCUAGUUUCAUCGGUUCUGGAUUUGUUGAGAGCGAAAUUUGGGGUGAGUUCGGAUGCUGAGAUAUCAAUGGAAAUGGACCCGGGAACCUUUGAUGCUAAGAAAAUGGAAGAGUUGGUAGAGCUGGGAGUGAAUAGAGUGUCAUUGGGAGUUCAAGCAUUUCAAGAGGACUUGUUAAUGGCUUGUGGGAGAGCACAUGGUGUUAACGAAGUUUACGAGGCCAUUGAAAUAGUGGGGUCGUGUGGGGUUGAGAAUUGGAGUUUGGAUCUUAUCUCUUCUCUUCCUCACCAAACUCCACAAAUGUGGGAGGAAAGCUUGCGGUUAACCAUUGAAGCUCAGCCUAAGCACGUUUCUGUUUAUGAUUUGCAAGUUGAACAAGGCACCAAAUUUGGAACAUUGUACACGCCAGGGGAGCUUCCUUUACCUUCAGAUGUCCAGUCAGCUGAUCUUUAUAGAAUGGCGUCGAGGAUGCUUUCGGAUGCUGGUUAUAACCAUUAUGAAAUAAGCAGUUAUUCCCAAGAAGGAUUUGAAUGUAAGCACAACUUUACCUACUGGAAAAACAAGCCAUUUUAUGCUUUUGGCCUAGGGUCUGCUAGUUAUGUACGUGGAAUGAGGUUUUCAAGACCCAAGAAAAUGAGAGGGUACAUUAAUUUUGUACAGAAUUUAGAGAAUGGCACGGUGGGUUACACUGGGAAUUCUGAUAUAGACACCGGGGAGUUGGCCUUAGAUGUUGUGAUGCUCUCUCUUAGAACUGCAAGAGGGCUUGAUUUGAAGUCUUUUCAAGGUGCAUUUGGUAACUCAGUUGUUGGUUCUCUGUGUGAGGCUUAUAAGCCUUUUGUUGAAAGCAGGCAUGUGCUUUGCUUGAAUGAGCACAGAAGAGUUGUAACUGCAGAUGAAUACAACACCAUGCUAUUGAAUGGAGACGAUAUCGGGAGAGGAUUAGCUUAUAUUCGGCUCAGUGAUCCAGAUGGUUUUCUCUUAUCAAAUGAAUUGAUAUCUGUUGCAUUUUCUGUUAUUACUCCCUAGAAAGCUCAAAGUGGUAAAAGGCAUUAACUGGGGAAAUAUGAAGGAAGAAGCAGCACCUGCUUUUGUCACCAUGUUGCUUAUUGCACUAACUUACUCUAUAGCAAAUGGAAUUAUUGGUGGCAUUGGGCUCCAUUUUGCUCUUAGCUUAUAUUAUUUAGUAGUGGAAUUGACUGGGCUCCAUUUUGCACCUAGCUUGUAUGAUUUAGUAGUGGAAUUGACUUAAGUGGUUGAACAAGAAGAGGAAAAUGGUGGUCAGAGAAGAAAAUGAAGUGUCAGCUGCUGCAUCUGGGGCUGAGUCCAAGGUUGUGAUCAUAUGAAUGGUAGAGAAGCAGUCAAGUUUUUAAUUAGAGACUACAUUUUUGUUUUAAAAACUAGGUUGGGAAUCAAGAAUUGUUCUUAUAGGCAGUGAAAAGAAUCGUUAUCGCAUCAUCACGUCAUUUUAUUAUUUGAUCUAAUAUUCCUUAUCUAUCGAUCAUCCAAAUAAAGUAUUAAUAU